AUGAUCAAAUCAAUCAAGGCCGCUCAACGAUUAGGUUCAAGGGGCAACCCCACGGUCCAAGUCGAAUUAACCAUCAACCAAGGCACGUUCCGCGCUAUCGUUCCCUCGGGCGCCUCAACAGGUGCCAAUGAAGCCGUUGAACUCCGGGAUGCGACUCAAUUAAGUACGGUGGCAAAAGCCGGCCUCCAAGUGGAUACAGACCAGGCGAAAAUCGAUGAACUUCCCAACGCCUUAGAUGGUACCAAGAAUAAAGCCAACCUUGGCGCCAACGCUAUUUUGGGUGUCAGUAUGGCUUGUGCACGAGCUGGUGCAGCUGCCUCGGGCUUACGACUGUACGAAUAUCUCCGGCGUGAAUCUGGUGCGAAAACGCCCUAUGUAUUGCCAGUUCCGUUCUUUAAUGUCCUUAAUGGGGGCGUGCAUCCAGAAAAUAAAACGGCAUUCCAAGAGACCAUGAUUGCUCCAGUCGCAGCCACUUCUAUUGCUGAAGCCGUAAAAGUCAAAUUCGCCAUCGAUCCUGCUUCGAGCGAGUUCUUCAAGGAUGGAGCUUAUGACAUUGGAUUCAAAGAUGAUAAGUCAAACCGACAAAGUGCAAAGCAACUCAUGGAUAUAUACCAUUCGCUUCUCACAAAAUAUCCAAUUGUCCUACUUGAAGAUCCAUUCGCGGAGGAUGAUUGGGCCAGCUGGACGGAAUUUCGCAAAAAUUGCCCUAUUGAACUAGUUGGCGAUGAUUUACUUGUGACAAACACGAUCUAUGUCCAAGAAGCCCACGUGAAGACAGCGUGCGAUUCCAUGUUGCUCAAGAUCAACCAGAUAGGCACGAUAUCUGAAGCUCUCAAAGCGUUUGUAUGGUUGGAGCGAACACAUAGAGUGUUCGUGUCUCAUCGCUCUGGUGAAACCACCGACGACUUCAUCGCGGACUUAGUUAUUGGACUGCGGACUGGCCAUAUCAGCUCAGAGGCACCAUGUCGCGGUGAGAGAGUGGCCAAAUAUAACCGGCUGAUGGAAAUUGGAGAGACGCUUUGGGCCAAAGGAGAGAAGGUUACAUAUGCCUGUGAAAGAUUCCGCGCCGCAUACAAUGUCUAG